UCAAUGACACCUUCCUCAUGAACACCAAGGCCCACUCCGGCACUGAUAGUCCAGCAAACCGUCCCAUGAAUGCCAUGAAAAUGCGUCCGUCACCUCUCAUCCCUUCAAUCCGGUCCAGCAUCAUCUGGUGCUGGAUAUCGGCAUCACAACAGCUACCCAAGUUUUGGUCAUCUUGGAUGUUGGACCGGCAUAUCUUACAGUCUUGCGCAAGAGUAUAUCCAUCUCAUCUUCUUUCAUCUGCCCACCAUCCCGUCUUUAAGCCGUUCACCUCGCUUCUUCACCAACCUGAGCUCACUCAGCUGGCCAUCUGAACUUCUGCAAAAACCUUGUGCUAGCCUAGGUAGCUGGUAGCAAUUGCAACACAUCACAUUCCAGGGCUGAUCAGAUCUGGUGAGAUAUAUCUCCGUCGAACGCGUGGGCACACCUGUGAGCCAUUUCGUUUGGCCGGCUAAAGCUAACUCAUUUGUAGAUAUUGGACUCUCCCGUCCUGCUCCCACCACCUUGCAGACGUACGUAACCACCAUCUUCGCCGUUCUGGUCAAGACAAGCGACCUGGAUGGGCCUGUGCCUGGCUCCCGUGGGCCUGGGUCCAGCAGCUGUUGGGCUUUUUGUCGAUCUUAGUGAAGUGCCGUACUCUUCCCCGGUUGCACUGUUGUCCGGCAAGGAACUUUUCCAGUCAUCAUUGUAACCACGAAGGGGUGGUGGGCACCGGGACCGAGAAGCCGUGCGGUGACCCGGAGCAAGGCGUUUGCUUGUUUUUCUGGUCUGUCUUGUCCUGAGAUAAGACACGGGCAGGCCCGCUUUCCUUCUUAUACGAAGGCUGGGCAUCUGAUGUCUCCCAUCGUCGAGCGUUUGCCUGCACGUACCCGUUCGGUUGUGCAACUUUCCGUCGACCGCCUCUUUAUUGUCCGCUGGUGGACACGGGUGGCUGUUGCUAUUGCGUUUGGCUGUAUCUGGCACCUCAACUCGAGCUGUCAUUCUGGAAAACCUCCGACUACUGCUACAGCCUCCUCGAAAUUAUUGUUGGCGAAGGCAUUGCGGUAUACUUGAGCCUCAUCUCCCCCAUAUACUCGCCAACAUGGCGGCCGGUAUCACAGAAUCAUGGCCGAUCAAUGAGAUCGUUUAUACUGCCAUCGUGGGCCUGAUUAUGGUGGCAGCUUUUCUCGAAUGGUUUCUCUGGAUCGCUGCCUUCAUGUACUGUCUGUGGAAGGUCUUUGUAAAGGCAGAACACUGGACGGUAAGAUUCCUGGCUGUACUGAUUGGCACCGCCUUUCUUCUUCUCAGAUUCAUCUUCCUCCCCAUCAUGGUGGUCACGCUACCGUUACCAAGCGCGGUUGCUAGAAUCUGGCCCACGGCAAUGGUCAGCUUUCUCCAAUGGUUCGCCUUUUACAGUUUUGCUGGUCUCUUGACUCUUCCCUGGCUUUUCUGCGUCUACCAGAUUGUCACACAUCAACUUGGAAGAAAGAAGCGCAUUAAACAAGUGCUUGACGAAGUGUCGGCUCCCAAGGUCGUUAUUGUCAUGCCUUGCUAUAAGGAGGAACCCGACGUCCUCGUCACCGCCGUCAACUCGGUCGUCGACUGCGAUUACCCACCGUCCUGCAUCCACGUCUUCCUGUCCUUUGACGGGGACCAGGAGGACGAGCUAUAUCUCAACACCAUCGAGAAACUCGGGGUGCCCUUGACACUCGAGUCAUAUCCUAACAGCAUAGAUGUCGCGUACAGGGCCGCUCGCAUCACAGUAUCUCGAUUUCCUCAUGGUGGAAAGCGCCAUUGCCAAAAGAUGACCUUCAAGCUCAUUGACAAGGUCUACCACGAGUACCUGAAGAGAAACGACAACCUCUUCAUCCUCUUCAUCGACUCCGACUGCAUAUUGGAUAGAGUCUGCCUGCAGAACUUUGUCUACGACAUGGAGCUCAGCCCCGGAAACAGCAGAGACAUGUUGGCCAUGACGGGUGUCAUUACCUCGACUACUCGGAAACACAGCCUCAUCACGCUUCUUCAGGACAUGGAAUACAUACACGGCCAGUUGUUUGAGCGUACGGUGGAGUCGGGCUGCGGAGCAGUAUCCUGUCUCCCCGGUGCCCUUACCAUGUUGCGAUUUUCAGCGUUUCGUCGAAUGGCCAAGUACUACUUUGCUGACAAGGCCGAGCAGUGUGAAGACCUGUUUGACUUUGCAAAAAGUCAUCUGGGAGAGGACCGAUGGCUGACCCAUCUGUUCAUGAUUGGUGCUAAGAAGCGGUAUCAAAUUCAGAUGUGCACCUCGGCGUUUUGCAAAACGGAAGCUGUCCAGACGAUGCGGUCUCUUAUCAAGCAACGGCGUCGAUGGUUCCUCGGCUUCAUCACCAACGAAGUCUGCAUGCUGACGGACUGGAGGCUGUGGAAGAAGUACCCGAUUCUUUGCUUGGUUCGGUUCAUGCAGAACACGAUACGGACGACGGCUUUGCUUUUCUUCAUCAUGGUCCUGGCGCUGAUGACGACGAGCAAGAGAAUUAACGACCUUCCUGUGGGCUUCAUUGCCAUCUCGCUCGGUCUCAACUGGCUGAUGAUGGUCUAUUUUGGGGCCAAGCUCAGGAGGUUCAAGAUCUGGCUUUACCCGCUGAUGUUUGUGUUGAAUCCGUUUUUCAACUGGUACUAUAUGGUUUACGGCAUCUUCACCGCUGGUCAGAGGACCUGGGGAGGGCCACGGGCAGACGCUGCGGCAGCCGACUCGACCACAACAGCUCAGGAGGCAAUCGAGCAGGCCGAAAAGGCCGGUGAUGAUCUAAACAUUGUUCCCGAGUCUUUUAUUCCGGCGGCACAGGAAAGGAAGGGUGUUGAAAAGGUGAACGCCAGUGCUAUCAGGAGAUCCAAAAGCGUUUUACAGCCGCCCAACCAAGUUAUUGGCAAAUUCGCGGCGCCUGAACGGACGCCAAGUGGAUGGUAUCAGCAUCCAGAUGAGUCCAUGGCAAGUGUUGGUGUAUUUGCUGGGUCGUCAUCUCGCCUCGAACGAAAGGCGGAUGUGCCAGAGCGGGACUCGAUCGACAGCUCAUCUUCGGCGCACACUGGAAGCUAUUCGGUCUAUAUGCCACGCAGAGUGGAAAGCAUCAUGGGCGAAGAGGACCGGCGCAAAUAUGACCUAGCACAUGCCAGCCAGGUCAACCAGUUUGCAAGCGCUUCGAGGAUAUUUCAGGGUCCACCAACAGGUCAAGUGUACGAGUAUCCGGAAUCCGAACUCCAGAGGGCAGGAUUUAGAGACCCCGGGGUACCCAACUCGAACCGGCCCGGGACGCACAGGAGGCUCGGCAGCAACGGCAGCGCAGGCUCCCAGAGCGUGGGAAGCUCACUCCAAGACCCUCACGGUCCAGAAUCAUCAGUGGAAUCAUUCCAGACAUCUCGUCAGUCGCCAGUGCCACGGCCAGUCUCAGCUGCAGGACGAUCUGGUAGGACACCGCUUGGUCGAGCUAGCUGGAUGCAUACAUCAUCCACAGAACAAGUCGAAACGCAAAUCGAUGAAUCUCAGAGCCGUCUCGGGGCAGCAUUACAACCUCGCCAGGGACCACCAAGAGGUGACCACCGCCGAUAGUUGAGGCGGACAGGCGAACUCGGGGACACAGGCUCUGAUGCAGACACGCAUCGACUGCUCAUACGACCGAAACGGCUGUGUCCAACUUCAUCAGGGGGUAGGCAUCGAAUGGUGGCUAUCACGGCGCGAACUGCCAUGCCUGCACGGGCAACAAACGUUUUUGUUCGCAAUGGUCAGGGCAGAGACGGAAAUGGGCUAUAAAAAACACUCAGUCUUGAUAAAAAGGGGUGAUAUUACGGGGUGAGAGAGAUGAUGUUUUUGGAACUCUACCGUUAGUGAUUUUGGAACGUUUUUCAUGGGCUGGAAUGCACCACGUGUAACCUGUAUUGUAUCCAAAGAUAAUGUUGUACCUAGUUUUCCUUUGCUUCUUGGCGUUGUUAUAUUAAAGACACUGACUCGAUUCGGAACAUAUGCGAAGCGUGGGAGAGGCGAGACCGCAUGACACGAAUCCACGACGAUGGUGUUGCAAAGCCUGAGGUUUACGUGAUGGGUUCAACGCCCGUGGGUCUGUGAGGCUGGGCAUGACAAACAGUAAGUCUGACGGCCGGCCCGGCAACCAACCCAUCCAGCAAUUACAUGCGUCUCCCGGGCCGGGUUAUUGGGCAGCUAACAUAGGACUUUGUGGGAUGGCAAGUCCUUGGUGAUGAUCAGGAAUCUUCUGGAUAAUUCUCACCUGGGUGUUGGAGAUUUAUUGGGCAGCUAUGGUGACCUGAUGUUUUGUGAUGGAAACAGGUUACACAAAGUCUUGGGAGUGGGAGACUGAGAGAUUGUCAAGCAUACUAUAACACGGUACAUGGUGUAUAUAGAGAGAUCAGUCUUGGCCCAUCAAGGUGAUGCUGUUCAUAGCGGGGCAGUUUUUGCCAGAAAAAUGCGGAGGAAGAGAGGGAUGGAAAGAAAACUUGACCGCCAACCCCGAGCCACGGAUGCCCCUCGCCCCCCGAGCAGCGCGGUUGCCCCGCCCUUGCGAAAAUGUCGUUUUCAGGUCCAGGAGGACACAAGAAAAAAAAAAGAGAUGGUGGGGUGAUGGGUGUACGGUAUGGGGUGGAAUGAGUGAUAGGGGGGAAAGCAGGGCUUAUCGCUAAUCGGCAGUGAGAAAUCUUAUCGCGUUGCCCCUCGUUGCUUGGCAAUCAGCAUGAUGCAAUGGUGAAGCGCUGUCAGAGAAGAAGUUUAGAUGGCAAGUGCACUGGGUUGUAGAGUUGACAAGAUGAAUGGAUGACUUUGAUGAUA